UUCGUUACACAAAUAAGCAUUUAAAAUACUACUUUAUGGAAACGUUUUGUGAUAUCCAUCAAGAAUACAUAUUAUAAAACAUGAUGCCGUCAAAUGCUCAAUUUCUCACGAGUUAAAUAAACAAAGACAAAACAAGCUUUCUUCAGUUGCCAUUUCGGUUUUCCGUCUUCCGUGGUGUGUUUGUGAUUUCCGUUGAGGCAGUUACGUCUUAUUUUUGCCAAAAUAAACAAUAUUAUUUGUUAUAAAUUCCAAAACAUAAUCAACUUGUUACAUGUGUCUGUGAGGUGUGAAAAAUACUUUAAUUAAAUGAAUGUGAUUUGCAAUGUCUGCAGUAUUCGAUGAUAGAGAAGCUUAUAGCAAAAGCCCAUAUUUCACGAAGCACGAAUACGGCGACUUCACACCAUUUUACAUCGCAAUUACAAUUUGUACUGUAAUUGGACUAACAAUCUUCAUCUUAAACGUAGUUUUAGGCUGUUGCUCGAGAUAUUCAGGUUACUGGAACGAUAGACAUACAGGUAACCGUUGGAUAGCUUCUCUCUGGACGGCUACUCCUCACCAACAGCCAGCUUUGGACUACACUGAAUUGCAAGAUAUUUACGUACCCCCUCAACACCAAGCGGUUUAUCACCACCCUCCAACCCCUCCGCCGCCAAUUCAAUACCAGGAGCUUAAAAAGAAGGAAAGCGACAUAUAAACUACGUGAAAAUGUUUCACGUAUA